AUGCUGCAGCGCGUGUGGACGUCGCUGCCCCGGCUGCUGCAGCUGCUGCUGUGGCUGCCGCUGCUCCCGCCGCCGCUGAGGGGCGACCCCGAGGACCACGGGCCUCUGCAACCCUACGACCUGCUCUACGCCAGCGGCGUGGACGCCUAUUACGGCGGCGACUUCGAGCGAGCCGCGCGUGACCUGGAAGCGGCGCUGCGCAGCCACCGGCGCCUGCGGGAGGUCCUGGCGCGCUGCUCCCGCCACUGCGCCGCGCGCCGCCCGCUCGCGCCCCCGUCCGGCGGCGGCGGGGACCGCGCGGGGCCCGGGGCCGAGCUGCCCGCCUUCCGUGCGCUGCUGGAGCGCGCGCGAUGCCUGCGCAGCUGCCAAGGGCAGCGCCUCGGCGGACCCGCGUCCCGGCACCGCGUCAGCGAAGACGUGCGCAGCGACUUCCAGCGCAGAGUGCCCUACAACUACCUGCAGAGGGCCUACAUCAAGCUUAACCAGCUGGAAAAGGCAGUAGAAGCAGCCCACACCUUCUUCAUGGCCAACCCUGAGCACAUGGAAAUGCAGCAAAACAUCGAGGAUUACAGAACCAUGGCUGGGGUGGAAGCCUUCCAACUUGUAGACCGAGAAGCCAAGCCACACCUGGAGAGCUACAGUGCAGGAGUGAAGCACUAUGAGGCUGAUGACUUUGAAGUAGCAAUUAAGUAUUUUGAACAAGCUUUAAGAGAAUAUUUCAAUGAAGACAUGGAGUGCCGAGCACUAUGCGAGGGGCCUCAGAGAUUUGAAGAGUAUGAGUACUUAGGGAAUAAAGGUAGCCUCUAUGAGGCAAUUGCAGAUCACUAUAUGCAGGUGCUGGUCUGUCAGCAUGAGUGUGUGAGGGAACUUGCCACACGCCCAGGCCGUCUCUCUCCAAUUGAGAACUUUCUUCCUUUGCAUUAUGACUACCUACAGUUUGCCUACUACCGAGUUGGUGAAUAUGUGAAAGCUUUGGAGUGUGCCAAGGGCUAUUUGCUGUUCCAUCCUGAUGAUGAGGAUGUCCUGGACAAUGUGGACUAUUAUGAGAGUCUGCUGGAUGACAGCAUUGACCGGGGCUCCAUUGAGGCUCGAGAGGAUUUGGCAAUGUUCGUGAAACGUCAUAAACUGGAAUCUGAACUGCUAAAAUCAGCUGCAGAGGGUCUGGGAUUUUUAUACAGUGAACCGAAUUAUUGGAUCAGAUAUGGGGGACGACAGGAUGAGAAUCGGGUCCCUUCUGGUGUGAACAUGGAGGCAGCAGAAAUUCGUGGGUUAUCGAUGGGGAAAAAGUCACCUCCUAAGAUAGAGCGAGACUUAAGAGAGGGUGGGCCUCUGAUCUACGAGAACAUCACCUUCGUCUACAACUCAGAGCAGCUGAACGGGACUCAGAGGGUUCUCCUGGAUAACGUCCUGUCAGAAGAGCAGUGCCGCGAGCUGUACAGCGUGGCCAGUAGGAUCCUGCUAGUUGGUGAUGGCUACCGAGGGAAAACUUCACCCCAUACACCCAACGAGAAGUUUGAAGGUGCAACGGUCCUGAAAGCGCUCAAGUUUGGUUAUGAAGGCCGAGUACCACUGAAGAGCGCUCGUUUGUUCUAUGACAUCAGUGAGAAGGCUCGAAAGAUUGUCGAAUCUUAUUUCAUGCUGAACUCAACCCUGUAUUUUUCCUAUACACACAUGGUUUGCAGAACCGCCUUGUCUGGUCAGCAAGAUAGAAGAAAUGACCUCAGCCACCCCAUCCAUGCCGACAACUGCCUGCUGGAUCCAGAAGCCAAUGAAUGCUGGAAGGAGCCACCAGCAUACACAUUUCGGGACUACAGUGCUCUACUAUAUAUGAACGAUGACUUUGAAGGAGGAGAAUUCAUAUUCACUGAAAUGGAUGCUAAGACUGUGACUGCCUCUGUAAAGCCGAAGUGUGGGCGUAUGAUCAGCUUCUCCUCUGGAGGUGAGAACCCGCACGGGGUGAAGGCGGUCACCAAAGGACAACGAUGCGCUGUGGCACUGUGGUUCACUCUGGACCCACUUUACAGAGAACUGGAGCGAAUACAGGCUGAUGAAGUGAUUGCGAUCCUGAAUCAAGAGCAGCAAGGGAGGCACACACUGAAGAUUAACCCCAGAGAUGAGCUAUAAGUCUGACAAAGAGUGUUCUAUCAAAUAUUUAUUUAAAUUGUGAAUCUUACCAGAACCUUUUUAUUUUUGUACAAAGCCAUAGUAAAUUAACAGGUUAAGAAGAGUCCCUUCCAUUCCCAAGGCCGCUUGCUUCACCUCAUUCCUUUCUUUCUCCACUUUCUUUCAGAGCCAGUUACAUGCUUCAUACACACAUCACAUACAGAUUCCCAGCAGUCACGCACUACAUAGAUACCACACAUGAACACACAACACAAACUCCACACACAAACACAUAUCACCUAAACAUCAUGCAUAGCACAUGUACAGACCACAGACAUGCUGUACCCAAGCUCACAUGCAUCCCCUACAUUCGUGCGCACACAACUCAUGUGUUGCACAAUCAAAAGCACAAUCAAGAUGACUAAGCCAGUUCUCGCUUUCUCCUCAGCUCCACUGCACCCCUGAUGUAUAGUUAGCAUGUGACUUGAUGGCAGCAGGCUUUCAUGCUCAGUGGCUUUCAGCAGUGACCUCUCACACUGCUGAAAGGCUGUGAGCUCAGUCUCUCCAUAGUGAGCCCUGCUUAGGUCUGAGCCCUGGGAGAGUCAGGCAUAUGGAAAAAGGCCAUCCAGGCUUGGCAAAUGGCCUCUGGGAUGAGGACUGUCUGAGACAGGGACGCCCUCCCCAUCCCCACUCCCACCCCCAGCCUUUCCAGGGUAUCAGUGGAGCUUUUGAACUGUUUUUUUUUUGUUUUGUUUUGUUU